AUUGUACGUGAAAACUGGGCAUUAAUGGUCAGCACAUUUUUUGCACUACACAAUGACCUUCUUAAAUGUGGCAGGUUUUAGGUCAACUCAUAAGACCACAGGCCCACCAAAGCCCAGAGAAGGUUCUCUCUCUCUCUCGAGUUUGUGUGGGUUAGUCAUGUGGAGUAUCAAAAUCAGUUCUACAUCCAGUGACCGCAAUAUGCGUAAAACACGUAAAACAAAUGGGUGACGGU